UCUGGUUCCACUUGGUUCUAGCGGAGAAGCUCUGGUGUGAUGUUGUUCUUUGGAUGUUCUCCUGCUGGAAUGUUCCUCUUCUUCAUCUGGUCAGCCAGUAUUCUGAUUCCUCCUCAGACCUUCAUCCAGAAAUGUCACCAGCAUCGUCAUGCCGCCACCUCCGUGCUCCACUUGUUCCUGGAUGGCCCGGCAGCAAGCCAGGUUCUGAUCCGGUCCAGGAGAGCCAACAGCUUCCUGGAGGAGAUGAAACAAGGAAACAUGGAGAGAGAAUGCAUGGAGGAGCGCUGCGACUGGGAGGAAGCCCGGGAGAUCUUUGAAGACACAGAGAAGACGAAUGACUUCUGGGCCAAAUAUGUGGAUGGUGACGCCUGCGAGUCGCAGCCAUGUGCUCAUGGCGGACGUUGCAAAGACGGGAUUGGAACCUACAACUGCUACUGCCAGGAUGGCUACAAGGGCUUCAACUGCCAAGUCGUUAUUCCUGAACUCUGCGAGAACAAAAAUGGUGGCUGUGAACAUUUCUGCAACGUGGUCCGAGCCAGCGUCCAGUGUUCCUGUGCUGACGGAUACUUCUUAGCAUCGGACGAUAAAUCCUGCAUCUCCAAUGAGAAAUUCAAAUGUGGCGCCCUCAUCACGGAAAACGUCCGAAGCGUCUUCAGGUAUGAGAGGAACAUGACGGCCAAUGUGACGAUGGCCAACAUGACGGUUGAGAACGUGACGAUGGAGAACGUGACGGUGGAAUACAUGACGGGUCUGAAUGCUACCAUCAACGGCACUGAGCAGCGAGACGUUCUGGACGUUCCGUCCUCAGCAGAGACCGUCUUACCGAGAGUCACCGAGCAGACGAUCAUCUCUCAGAUGGCCGGAAUGACUCGCAUCGUCAACGGAGAGGACUGUCCACCUGGAGAGUGUCCAUGGCAGGCUCUGCUCCUCAACGAGGACGACCAGGGGUUCUGUGGUGGAACAAUCCUCAAUGAAUACAUCAUCCUGACCGCCGCCCACUGCAUGAACCAAUCACAGUACUUCUACGUCAAGCUUGGUGAGUUCGACACGUUGGUGACUGAAGGUAACGAAGUGGACCGCACGGUGGAGACCAUCGUGACCCACCUCAGGUACCAACCCAACACCUACCACAACGACAUCGCCCUCAUCAAACUGGCCACACCCAUCAAGUUCAGCAGGUACAUCCUGCCGGCCUGCUUACCUGAGCAGGACUUCGCCGAAAAGGUUCUGAUGAAUCAGCCCGAUGGGAUGGUCAGCGGUUUCGGGCGUCUGGGUGAAGGUCGGCAGCCAUCUACCAUCCUGCAGCGCCUCACGGUUCCAUACGUCAAUCGAAAGACCUGCUUGGAGUCCACAGCGCUGAAGAUUUCCGCCCGCAUGUUCUGCGCCGGGUACGACUCCAUCGCCAAGGAUGCCUGUCAGGGUGACAGCGGCGGACCGCACGUCACACGCUACCGGGACACCUACUUCGUGACGGGCAUCGUGAGUUGGGGCGAAGGCUGCGCCCGCAGGGGGAAGUACGGCGUCUACACCCAGGUGUCCAAGUUCACCGGCUGGAUCCGAGAGGGCAUCAACCGGCUGGUUCCCCAGGACAAGAACGGAGCCCGCAGGAAGAGGAACCACGGCGCCAUCAAGAGGCUGGUCAUGUAACACGCUUGGAACAUGUCUGUAACACUCUGUAAUGCCAGUAAUGCCUGCAACGUGUCUACUACAACACGCCUAUAACACAUCUGUAACAUGCCUGUAACAUGUCUACUACAUGCCUGUAGCAGGUCAGUACCCAGCUGCAGGACAGAUCAUAUCUGAGCCACAGAACCAACGUUGACUUUGGUCCAGUCAGCAGCUGGUGAAGUUCUCCAAGUUCUCCUUUUGGUUCUUGACAUAUUCUACAUGGUUCUUCACGUGUUCUACAUGGUUCUUGACAUGUUCUACAUGGUUCUUCACAUGUUCUUUGUGGUUCUUCAUAUGUUCUACGUGGUUCUUGACAUGGGGCAGCAGAACCGUCAGUGAAAACAUCUGUAAAAGAAUCUGUUACCUCGUCGAGCAGAACAAAAUGGGAAAACUGUUUAUUUUAAAACAUGAAAUCAGUUUGUUGUUUCUUCAACCAGAACCGGUCCUUGGUUCUAGUUUGAGAUGUCUGAUGGUGAACAUGUUCUACUUCCACAUAUUUAAUCCCAUUAAACUGAAUCCAGCAGCUUCCAGUAGAACGUAGUUUCAUCUUUAAUCUUCUGUCAACCAAACGCCUGUUUUUGUGUUUUUUCGUUCUUGUUUUUGUCAGAAAUGAACUGAAAAUGAAAAUAAAGACGAACUAUGAGAAGCAAA